AUGUAUGCUAAAAGAACACCAACGUCUGCGUACAGAGCAAAUGAACUGGGAAGAAAAGCAAAGAGCGGAGGAAUUAGCAAUAAAAAAAUUAAGGAAGAUAUUGAUGCAACGAAAGAUGCACUGAUAUCGGAACGUCAGUCUUUGAAUGAAAGAAUCAAUAAGAUUAGAAUAGAUGAAGUGAAAUUAGAAGAAACCAGACGACAGUUAGAUAUUGUCAGAUGCGAUCUUGUUCGUGAACAAGAGUUAUUAACGCGCCGUGAAGAAUACUUGGAUCAACGACAGGACGAGAUGAAUAAACGUGCCGAUGUUUUAAGUCAAGCUGAAAAAUUCUUAAAAGAAUCUGAAUCACGACAUCGUCGCCUGCAAGAUGAACAAAGUAGGCAGUUCGCUGAAUUACAGGAAAGAAGUCAUAAACUGCAUGAAGCUGAACAACAUCUUGUUAUAGAAAAGAAGGAAUUAGCUCAGCAAAUGGAUAAAUUAGCUAGACGUAAAUUAGAAGCUGAAAAUGUAAAACAGACAAUUUGUUCAAAUUGUCGUACACCUGUACGAGAGAAUGAUGAUGCUUCAAAUCUACGCCUUCGUCAUAAAUUAGGAAGUAGUAAUGGGAUAAACAACAAUUUAAACAAACGAAUAUCAAUGCCACGUAAUAAUGGUAAAGGAAAUGGAACAUGGGCCGAUUUUUGUCAACUCCGUGCCUCCCAGGAUCAAGAUGCUCGUUAUCUAGAAGAAGAAAGUCGCUAUCUAGAGAAUAUUAAAAAAUCUUUGGAAAAUACCGCUUGA